AUGGCCCCCUCAACCGACCCCGCGGCGGCGGCCGCCAAGAUUAACGAGGCAGUCCAGACGAACCUGCCUGCCGCUGUUGCCGACAAGGUCCCUCACAUCCCCGAGACCAAGACUGAGGCGAAGGAAGAUGCGAAAAAGGCCGUCAGCGCUGGCGCCGCCCAGCUGCGCUCCCUCGCUGCUGGUGGCUUUGGUGGUAUCUGUGCCGUCAUUGUCGGCCACCCCUUCGAUCUCGUCAAGGUCCGCCUGCAGACUGCCGACAAGGGCGUCUACACAUCCGCCAUUGACGUUGUCCGCAAGAGUAUUGCUCGCGAUGGCCUCGGCCGUGGUCUGUACGCCGGUGUCUCUGCGCCCCUUGUUGGCGUGACCCCCAUGUUCGCCGUCUCCUUCUGGGCCUAUGACCUGGGCAAGGACAUUGUCCGCAGCAUCUACCCCGAACACCCUGUCUCGCAGCCCCUCACGAUCGGCCAGACGGCCGCUGCCGGCUUCUUCUCCGCCAUUCCCAUGACGGCCAUCACCGCUCCUUUUGAGCGCAUCAAGGUCAUCCUCCAAGUCCAGUCCCAGAAGCUCCAGCCCGGCCAGGCGCCGCGCUACAAGGGCCCUUACGACGUCGUCCGCCAGCUCUACGCCGAGGGUGGCCUGCGCUCCGUCUUCCGCGGCUCCACCGCUACCCUCGCCCGUGACGGCCCUGGCUCCGCCGCCUACUUCGCCGCCUACGAGUACAUCAAGCGCCGCCUCACCCCCAAGGACCCCGUCACCGGCGAGAGCACGGGGCAGAUCUCCCUGCCCGCCAUCACCGCCGCCGGUGCCGCCGCCGGUAUCGCCAUGUGGAUUCCCGUCUUCCCUGUCGACACAGUCAAGAGCAGGCUGCAGACCGCCGAGGGCCACGUCACCAUUGGCGGCGUCGUGCGCGGCGUCUACGCGAACGGCGGCCUCAAGGCCUUCUUCCCCGGAUUCGGCCCCGCGCUCGCGAGAGCCGUGCCCGCCAACGCCGCCACCUUCCUCGGUGUCGAGCUGGCGCAUCAGGCCAUGAACAAGGCGUUCGGCGGCUAA